AUGGUGCGUGAAGUGUCGCGUCGAGAGCCGCAUGCGCCUCGUCCGUCGUAUCAUACCAUGUCGCCGUAUGUGCAAAGAGCGAUCCAUGGCACGCCACCACCACCAUCGACACCACGCAGGCGGUGGCCAUCGACACCCGCCCAAGCAUCGCCUCUCCAUCUCAAGGUGGCCUAUGCCAGUCCACGUGCGAUGGCCUCGCAGACGUCGAACGCUGCUGAUGCGGAGGAAUCAGACACUAUUCCGCCAAGAUCCAAUACUUGGCAAGAUCGCAUGGAGCAGCUGCCAAGCAUGGCCAUGGCGUAUCUUCAAGACUGGUGGAUGGACCUAGCCUCGUUCUUGCACCAGACAUCCAUGGGUCUCCCUAUGGGCCUCCUAUUGCAUGCACUAUCGCUUCUUUCUCAGGUCAUGCUACCAGACUCAUCGUUCUCGCUACGUGCCGCCUCACGGCCCUCGCAUCGUGCGUCUUCGCUGUUUGCCAGCAAGCGCCGCGAAGCCGACAUGCAUGGCCAGCACGCCUACUCUGCACGUCUAGGCCAUAUGAUCCUUGCACAGCGUGUGGCAGCAUUGCAAUUUACCUCUCGCAUGCUGUCCUUGGUCCUUCUCGUGUUGGCCAUCGGCAAUGCGUACCUUCUCUUCAGCAAGCGCAGGACGUACCGACUUUGGUACCGCGAUGAGCGUAGUACCUUACGCAACCCGCACGCUUCCUUGGAAGCACCACCUACGGACCCAGCGCCUGGGCUCACAUGGGGCGAAUGGGCGCAUCGUAUAAUGAUCCACGCGGCGCGGCAAGUGCCCAUCGUGGAAUGGUUUGUGCCGCCGCCACCGCCGCCGCCUGCCCAGCCGCCCACAUCGGAACGCGUGUACACGCUUCGUGUAUGGGACGUGUAUGAAGCGCCUCUUCGCCUAUUUACUGUGUAUUCCCCAGCACAUGCGCUAUGGUGGGCCGUCGCUGGCUCCAUGGGUAUGAGUGCAUUUAUGAGCUGGAUCGUGACGGCUGUCUUGAUGGCCCUCUUUUCUGUACAGAGCUGGUUCCUUGCGCAAGAAUACCAUGCGUUGGUGCAAGAUCGACAAGUGCUUUCGGCAGAGAUGCUGCGAGAGUACGAUGAAAAGUUUGUGAUCCCACGUGCUAUGCCUGUCGUUCGCGACGCGGCCACACAAACUGCCUAG